CAACUAUAAUUGACCUUUAUUCUCUUCAAUAAUUCUGUCAUGUUUUGUAGGUCAACGCUUAUGGCUAGACGCAGUUUUGCGACGUGGAUGAAACCAAAGUUGAGAAAGAAAAUUUUCGCAAAGCCAGAGAAGCCUCCAGUAGAAGAAACUCUUAGUAUUUCUAGUGUUGAUACAGAAAAUGAGGCCAAACCCGACUCGUUUCUUUCCUUGUUUAAGAAGAGUGCCUUUUGCAAGCCUAUCCACGAAGGCGCUGUAAUAAAGGGUAAUAUUGUUGGUUCCAACUAUGACUUGUUGGGACCGGAUCGAGUGAGAACCGUAGACUUUGGUUUAAAGGGUGAAACUCCUUUGACUAUCGAAGAGAUUCCCGGAAACUCCCUCGUUGGAAGCACCAUCUAUGUGCCUCUUAUCAGGAUGGAGAAUGAAUUUGCUGAACCGGAAGUAGACUAUUCAGGUCUGGUUACUUUUCCAAAAUCCUUGGCAGACCGCUGCCAGUUGCUCUUAUAUCCUGGUUCAGACUCCGAUUCCAAGAAAUCUUUGCGUCUUGCGUUUGGUAGAGUUUCAAAGAUAUCCUCGGGUAGUAUUUCAGUGAGAGUUCUCGGUUUUGACUUCAAUGUGUCACAGGCCCAUUUUAUUUCAUUUGAAAAACCUUCAGUAGGUUCUCAGAUCCCCUUAAUGAUAUACAACUUGUCGGCUCGAACUUUAUUUUCGAAUACAAGUAAUGUGAAUGACUUGAAUCUAUUGCCAGAAGAUAUUCAUUUGGAAUUGACUGGUCGAGCAUCACCAUAUGCUGCACAUGUUCUUCUUUUAUCUUAUCUUGCAUAUCCUGGAGCAUUUAGUCACUUUUCAAAGGAAGGAUUUCAGAUAUCUCCCAAGGAAAGGUUUGUUUAUCUAAGACAGCUAUCAAGAAUAUUAGAAGGAUCAUCUUCUCCUUUGAAUCGUUCUUCAAGAAGCCCAAGAGGUUCAACAUUCUUUUGAAGAGUUUCUGGAUAAGAAAUGAGUUGACGCUCGAUCCACUUCUUAAACCCCUUUCUUUUAGUUGUGAUAAUAAUAAUAAUAACAAUGAAUAAUCAAAGUAUCUUUUCGAGGCUGUUCUCUUUUAUAUUCGCUCAAUGGUGAAACUUUUCUUGUAGUUGUGACAAUUUUUUCUGGUAGAAUAUGUAAUGAGAGCAGACUAUAUCAAGUUACUUGCAGAGGUGCUUCAAAUAAAGGGUACGUAGUAGCA